AUGGUCCGCCACAAGAAAGACCCUCGAAGCAAGAAAACAUUCACUGUCCACCCCAAGCGCGGCGGCGGCAACGCGCAACAGGGUAAUCAUGCCGAGAACCAGCAAGGCGACGACCCCACCACCGGCGCCUCGUCAACUGGCCGAUCGCGCCCGCCAUUCAAGGCCGCCUGCUGGGACCUGGGCCACUGCGACCCCAAGCGCUGCAGCGGGAAACGCCUCAUGAAGGUCGGGCUCAUGCGCGGCCUCCACCUCGGCCAGCGCUUCAACGGCGUCAUCAUCACCCCCAACGGCAAACACGUCGUCUCGCCCGCCGACAAGGAGCUGCUCGAGACCUACGGCGCCGCCGUCGUCGAGUGCUCCUGGGCCAGGACAAAGGAGGUCCAGUGGAACAAGGUCGGCGGCAGGUGCGAGAGGCUUCUGCCGUACCUCGUCGCCGCCAACACUGUCAACUACGGCAAGCCAUGGAGGUUGAACUGUGCCGAGGCCCUCGCCGCUGCCUUUGCCAUCUGUGGCCACCUGGACUGGGCCACACAGGUGCUAGAGCCCUUCUCAUACGGGGAGGCAUUCCUAAAGAUCAACGCGUCACUGCUGAGGAAGUAUGCCGAAUGCGAGGAUGAGAAGGCUAUCAAGAGGACCGAGGAGGAGUGGAUAGAGCGGCUCGAGAAGGAGUAUGCCGACAAUCGCGAGGGAGGCUCCGACGAUGACAUGUGGAAGAGCGGCAACGUGAACCGACGGGCGAUUCCAGACUCGGACUCGGACGAGGACGAGGACGAGGACGAGGAGGGGAGUGGUGAGGAUGAAGAAGAUGGCGACGGUUCCGUGGACUGCAUUUAUCUCGGCAAGAGACCGGACCCCACGCCAAAGGAGGCCAUCGACGAGAAAGACCCAUUUGACAUAUCAGAUGACAGUGAAGAAGAAGACGCUGCCAUGGAAGAGAUCCGAAGGAAAGUCCUGGCGUCGAAACCCUUCGCCAACCCCGAGGACUCGGAUCAGAAGAAGCGGCCAGAGACGAUAUCAAGACCGCAGCAACCAAGUGGGAAGACAAAGGUUGACUCGGAUGCGGAGCCAGAUUCCGACAAUGGCGAGGAGGAUGACGAGUUUGAUAAUAUUAUAGCAGCGACCCCCAUGACCGACAGGAUAGGGCUCAGCAAGCUGGAGAGGGAGAGGUCACAGGCGACAGUCACGAGUAGGACGUUCAUGUCGAAUAGCAUAUCGGCGCCAAAGCGGUGGUAG